GCCUCACUGACCUGUUUUGCUACAUAACAAGAUGUUUGGCUUUCAUAAGCCGAAGAUGUACCGCAGUUUGGAUGGUUGCUGUAUCUGCAGGGCAAAGUCCUCCAGCUCUCGCUUUACUGACAGCAAACGCUAUGAGAGAGACUUUCAGAGCUGUUUUGGCCUUGGUGAAACACGCUCUGGAGAAAUUUGUAAUGCGUGUGUGCUGUUAGUAAAACGAUGGAAGAAGCUUCCAGUAGGCUCCAAAAAGAACUGGAAUCAUGUAGUUGAUGCCAGAGGUGGACCUAGCCUAAAGAUGACCAUUAAGUCCAAGAAGGUCAAGUCUCUUUCUAGAAGAAUCAGACCAAGUCAGAUCUGCAGAGUGCAAAAAGAACUGAAACAAAACAACUCUGAUGCUCAUAGCACCACUUCCAGCACAAGUCCAGCACAGUCUCCCAGUUACAGCCAAUCAGACGAGGGCUCUGACUCAGAGUUGGCUCCUGGCUCUGCCCGCUCCCCAGUCUUUUCUUUUCUAGAUCUGACAUAUUGGAAAAGACAGCGGGUGUGCUGUGGCAUUAUCUACAAAGGUCGUUUUGGAGAAGUGCUUAUUGACCCACAUCUUUACAAGCCCUGCUAUCAGAAAAAACAAGUGCAGGAGCCUGAGGAAGAGGAGGAUGAGCAGGAGGAAGAAGACACCGAGUUGGACAAGGAGGAGAGCCAUGGCAUAUUAGCGUCUCCCCACCUCGACUCUCCGCUCCCUCACCUCGACUCUCCACUUCCGCUUCCUAACCCUCUGCUCUCACACUCCGACUCUCUGCUCCCGACCUCCGACUCUCUGCCGCUGCCCCUCAAAGCUGAGGAUGAGGAGUGGUAAAGUUCCAUUUCUAGAACUGAUUGGGCAUUCUAAGGAUGUCUUUAGGGUUUGGGGAGGGGUUUUUAAGGCACUCUCACAGAAGUUCAUUUAGAUUGUCUUUAAGAGCAGCUAAAAACUUAUUCUUUUUUGGUUGGGGUGGAUUAACAUCUCAUGAUUGUUUAUUUGUGUG